AUGAAAGAGAAGUCCAAAAAUGCUGCCCGGACUAGGAGGGAGAAGGAAAACAGCGAAUUUUAUGAACUGGCUAAAUUACUGCCUUUGCCCUCGGCGAUCACCUCGCAAUUGGACAAAGCAUCUAUAAUCAGACUCACCACCAGCUAUCUCAAAAUGAGAGUAGUGUUCCCAGAAGGACUUGGCGAGGCAUGGGGCCACUCGAGUCGGACCAGUCCCCUGGACAACGUUGGCCGCGAGCUGGGCUCCCAUCUGCUCCAGACCCUGGAUGGCUUCAUCUUUGUGGUGGCUCCAGAUGGGAAGAUCAUGUACAUCUCAGAGACAGCCUCAGUCCACUUGGGUCUUUCUCAGGUAGAACUGACCGGGAACAGCAUUUAUGAAUACAUCCACCCGGCCGACCACGAUGAGAUGACGGCGGUGCUCACGGCCCAUCAGCCCUACCACUCUCACUUCGUGCAGGAGUAUGAGAUCGAACGCUCCUUUUUCCUGAGGAUGAAGUGUGUCUUAGCCAAGAGGAACGCCGGUCUCACCUGUGGGGGCUACAAGGUCAUUCACUGUAGCGGUUACCUGAAGAUCCGCCAGUAUAGCCUGGACAUGUCUCCCUUUGAUGGCUGCUACCAGAACGUGGGCCUGGUGGCCGUGGGCCACUCGCUGCCACCCAGCGCGGUCACAGAGAUCAAGCUGCACAGCAACAUGUUCAUGUUCCGUGCCAGCCUGGACAUGAAGCUCAUCUUUCUGGACUCCAGAGUGGCAGAGCUGACGGGGUACGAGCCUCAAGACCUGAUAGAGAAAACCCUGUACCACCACGUGCACGGCUGCGACACCUUCCACCUGCGCUGCGCCCAUCACCUGCUGCUGGUGAAGGGGCAGGUGACCACCAAGUACUACAGGUUCCUGGCUAAGCACGGCGGCUGGGUGUGGGUGCAGAGCUACGCGACCAUCGUGCACAACAGCCGCUCCUCCAGGCCGCACUGUAUCGUCAGCGUCAACUACGUCCUCACGGACACGGAAUACAAAGGACUGCAGCUUUCCCUGGACCAGAUCUCAGCCUCCAAGCCAGCCUUCUCCUAUGCUAGCAGCUCCACUCCUACCAUGGCUGACAACAGGAAGGGGACCAAAUCCCGGCUCUCUAGUUCCAAAUCAAAAUCCAGGACAUCUCCAUACCCUCAGUAUUCAGGAUUUCACACGGAAAGAUCUGAGUCUGACCAUGACAGCCAGUGGGGUGGAAGCCCCCUGACCGACACAGCCUCUCCGCAGCUCUUGGAUCCUGCCGACAGGCCCGGCUCUCAGCAUGAUGCAUCCUGUGCCUACAGACAGUACUCUGACCGAGGCUCCCUUUGCUACGGUUUUGCCCUGGACCAUUCCCGGCUGGUGGAGGAGAGGCAUUUCCACACCCAGGCCUGUGAGGGAGGCCGCUGUGAGGCAGGCAGGUACUUUCUGGGGACGCAGCAGGCUGGGAGGGAGCCCUGGUGGGGCUCUCGAGCAGCCUUGCCCCUGACCAAGGCCUCCCCAGAGAGCAGAGAAGCCUAUGAGAACAGCAUGCCUCACAUCGCUUCGGUCCACAGGAUCCACGGGCGAGGUCAUUGGGAUGAAGAUAGUGUGGUUAGUUCUCCAGAUCCUGGAUCUGCCAGCGAAUCAGGUGACCGGUACCGCACUGAGCAAUAUCAGAGUAGCCCACACGAACCAAGCAAAAUUGAAACUCUGAUAAGAGCUACCCAGCAAAUGAUUAAAGAAGAAGAGAACAGAUUGCAGCUAAGGAAAGCCCCUGCAGAUCAACUGGCUUCUGUUAACGGAGCUGGGAAAAAGCACUCCCUCUGUUUCGCAAACUACCAACAGCCUCCACCAGCAGGCGAAAUCUGCCAUGGACCUGCUCUUGCCAGCACUUCACCAUGUGACCAUAUCCAGCAGAGAGAGGGCAAGAUGCUGAGCCCCCACGAAAACGACUAUGACAAUAGUCCCACCACACUGUCUCGGAUAAGUAGUCCUAAUUCGGAUCGCAUUUCAAAAUCCAGUUUGAUCUUACCUAAAGACUAUCUACAUUCAGAUAUGUCUCCUCAUCAGACCACAGGAGACCAUCCCAUCAUCUCUCCAAACUGCUUUGGCACUCACCGGCAAUAUUUUGAUAAGCAUGCUUACACAUUAACUGGAUAUGCUCUGGAGCACUUAUAUGACAGUGAAACAAUUAGAAACUAUUCCUUAGGCUGCAAUGGUUCACACUUUGAUGUAACUUCCCAUCUAAGAAUGCAACCAGACUCAGCACCAGGACACAAGGGAACAUCUGUUAUAAUAACCAAUGGAAGCUGA